GCCCACACCGACCCCCCACCCGACCCCACUGCGCCUGCGCCCUGGUAGUCCCGCCCCAUUUCCUGCCUCUUUCCUUUUCCCUCGUCUGCGUGCGCGGAGCGGCGGCGACUCUUCGGCUCUCCCGGCUCCAUCUUGGAUCGGCGACUGAGGGUGAGACGGGAAGGGAGGGUAAUCAAAAGGAAAAUGGUGGGGGUGGGGUCCCCCGGACUCCUGGGUCCCCUUGAGACGGACCUCAAUUCCAGGCCUCCUAUUUGGAGAGGGGGGAAUUGGGGAAGGGCAGGGAGUGGAGCCCGCAUGCGACCUACUCGGAAGUAGACUCCAUGAAGUGAAUGAGCGCGGCUGACUUCUGGCCCUUGGCCCAAUGGGCCUACUCGGAGCAGGACUGGCCCUGGCUGCACGCGGCUCGCAGGGCCCCGUGAAGCACGUGGAGAUGGAGCGGGACGCUUGUUCCAGCGUAGCCUCGGCUUCCGCGGGGGCCGUAGAGAAGCACCCCGUGUCAGUCCGUACGGAAAACCCGGCCAGCAACUCUCUUCUCACGCUAAGACUGAGAGGCGACCGGCUGCGCAGGCAGGCAAAGGCCAUGGAGCCAGUUUUAAAAGCCUGAGGAGCAAACGAAGCUGGGGGUGGGUUUGCCUUGUUGCCAUUCUUAUAUCACCCCCUAUGUGUGAAUUCUGCUUCCUAAAGAAGGGGCAUGACAGGUCACCGAGGCAAAAACGGGGUGAGGGAAUGGAAGCGAGGAGAGAAGGUUACUUGAAUGGCACAUCCUUUGCCUGAAGUAAAAAGUAGGGACUAGGAAUGAUCCAGAUGAGUUUUGCCGGAGGCUUCAAGGAGAUAAGGAAGGUUGCUGUACAGAGGCAUCGCAGGAGACCUUUAUUUAUGCAGUGACUAGAUUUUCCUGUUGCCCCAUAAUCAACGUUCCCUGGGCAUUAUACUUAUUUAUAUUCUGCCUCUCCCCCCUGACAGGGGACUCAAGGCAUCUUACAGACAAAAUAGAAACAACGAAAACAUAGGCAGUGCAUAACCGGUUGUAAUCCCUCUUCUCGUGGAGGUAGAGUGGGGUUGGGGUAUGUGUAAGUGAGGUUAAGGACAUAACGAUUGGGCGUGGGUAAUUAAAUACAGUACUUGGGGUUUUUUGUAUUAGUAUUUUUUUUUGUAAGGGAGUGAUAAGAGCCAGGACUCCCGAGUGCUUUUUAUGUGACUGGGGGAAUACACUGUCUAAAUGAACUCCUGGCUAUUCCUGGAGAACACAGUGGAGGAAUGGGAUUAAGAGUCUGAACCUCCUGGGUCCUGUUUUAAGAUAGAAAGAUAAAUGGAGGGGUAGCAGGGUGUGGGGAAGCGAUGAAAGAGCUUAAUAAGGUAGAAAGCAGAUAGGAAUUGCAGGGAGAAGGGAGGGUGGGUGGGGAGUAGGUCAGGAUGCUGGUAUUCAUAUUGUUAAGCCUGGUUGCUAAUGUGUGGGAAGGAAUACAAGAGAGAUGAUUUCAGAACUGUAAUAUUUGGUCACAUCACCGCUAUACAUUUAAAGCACAUUUAUGCCACGUUAACAGACAUGGCUCCCCACAAAUAAACAUGGGAACGGUAGAAUUACAGUUCCUGUUAAUAUACUGCAGUUCCCAGGACUUUAGAGGGGGAGGCAUGGCUGUUAACAUGGCAAUGCUGUGCCUUGUGUGUGUGUGUGUGUGUGUGUGUGUGAGAGAGAGAGAGAGAGAGAGAGAGAGACCAGGAUUCUCUGAAAGAGAGAGAGAGAGAGACCAGGAUUCUCUGAAAGAGAAUUAGGGAUGGCUACCUUCUCACUUUGCAAUGGGUAGGUCAAGACAUCUCUGUUUCUGUGUGUGGAGCUGUUUGUGGCCCAGCAGAUGGCACUGUGUGUUGUUCAAAUGGGGGGCGGCGAUAAUCUUUGAGAGGAACUGUGUUCAGGUUGGCAUUUCCUAGUGGACUCUGUUCCCUGCACCAUAUUUGGAAGGAUACACACAGACAAUUUUGUGAGUCCCUGAAACAAAGAAUUUAGGGGCCUUCCAGCAGUAUCCUGAUGGAAGCUAAGUUGUUGUCAUGAUGAGCACCAAUAGCAGGCUGAAUGGAGAGGCUUGUGAGCCACAUCUCAUGUUCUGAGUUUGUUCUUGAACAGCAGCAUUACCUUGAGGUCUGCUUUACAGAAUGGAGAGAGAGUUUCCUAGUCUAAAAGAUAGGUGGGGAAAUGCCAGUGGUACUAGCUUAAGAAGUAAGAAGAGCCUGCUGGAUCCGGCCAAUAACUCAUCUGGUCCAGCACCCUGUUCUUUCCGUGGCCCACCAGAUGCCUGUGGGAAAUGAGCAAGCAGGAUUUGAGCACAAUAGCCGUCUCCUCUUCUGUGGUUUCCAGCAACUGGUAUUCAGAAGCAUUGCUGCCUCCAACUGUGGAGGGCAGAGCAGAGCCGUUGUGGCUUGUGGCCAUCAAUAGACCUCUUUUUCAUGAAUUUGUCUAAUCCUCAGGAGGAAAUGCUAUACUUUUGCGCCCUAAUCUGAUUGCUGUUCUCCUCAGCACAGGUGGAACCAUGCAACUCUUUAUUCGUGCUCAGAAUCUGCACACCCUUGAGGUGUCCGGGCAGGAAACAGUAGCUCACCUUAAGGUAAGGAACAGUUAACUUGUUGUGCUAUUUACUAAAUUAUUUUCCCACUUUCCCACCUAUUGGUGUUCAAGGCAGCUAAUAGCAAUAUUCAAAAAAAUAUGAAGAAAAUCUGGCUAAUUUCCUAUUACUGGAGAAGAAAAGACCUCCCCCCCCCCCUUAGCAGCCUUUGCGAAGAGUGCUGUACCUCACCAGGUUCACUGUACUUGGUUUGUUGCAUAGCGAUAGUGAGUGUUGCUUCUGCUAUUCUCUAGUCGCUGUAUUUGGAGUUGGGAAGGGAUUACCCCCCUGUAUAGAUUGGUCUGAGGCUCUUAACACUUGUAUCUAUAGUUUUGCCACCUUUCAUUAUAGCUUAACUUUGUUUGCAGAAGUCACUUGGAGCUUUGGCUAUUUCUUAGCGGCCCAGCAGCCAUCUGCUUGUGUUACCAGUUGCUGGGGGUGGUGAAGGGGAUAUUUUGGGUCAGACUUUCAGGUCCUUCCAGCUCAUUCUAGGCUUGGGUGGCCUUAGGACCAGGUCUGUGGUCUGAAGGCAGCAACCCUAGGCUGAGUGAGUGAGGCCUAUCUGGGUCUGGUCAGUGCCUGGAUGAGAGAACACCUUGAGGUCCAUUGAAGACACAGAUGACACAGUGUGUAGUGGCUUCUCUUCCUUGCAGCUUGGGAAAGAGGCUGAGACAAGCAGGGCUUUAUUGUUACUCUCCCCGCCCCCCAUAAUCAAUGUUACAUUUUGGUGGACAUUUUAAAUCAUUUUUUAUACUUUUAAUAGUUGAUUGUAAGCUGCCUGGAGACUGUCCUUCGUUAGCUAACAAAUAAAAAGCAUGGCCCCUGCAAACACAUUCAACGGAACCUUGAUACAGCUGGGAGUGUUGGUAGAAGCGAAGCAGAGUGGUGGUGCUUAACCCUUCCCCUCCCUGCUGCUUUUUCUACUGCUAUUUUUCCCUUGCUUCGUUUCAGACAUGCCCUUACAAAAAUUCACCAGGGCUUUCUUAGGGGAGGGUUGGGCACACACCCUGCCCCAUCUCUGCUGCCUUUUCCUUGAGGGAGUGGAAAGUUCACACACAAGGGCUACUGAGGAGUUGGCUGUCAAUGGGUCCUUCCAGCUCAAUUCCGUUUUCCUUGUCCGUGGCCUUUGUGUCAUCCUCCCUGCUGUUGCAGUUAGAGCGGUGGGGUGUUUCGGUGACUCAUCUCUCCCUUCCCCUCCCCAGGCCCACAUCGAGUCCUUGGAGGGCAUUGUGCCUGAGGAUCAGGUGAUCCUCCUUGGUGGAACCCCCCUGGAAGAUGAUGCGGUCAUUGGGCAGUGUGGCAUCAGUGACCUCACAACACUGGAGGUUGCUGCACGCAUGCUGGGUGGUAAGUAUGGAGCCCCCAGAACUAUUUGUGGCGGGGUGGGGGGACAGGUACCAAAGUGAUGGCAGUUGGGUUGAGGCUUGUUGGGUUGCUAGAAGGCCAGCAACUGCAUUGCCGCAGGUGAUCAGAAGUCAGGAUUCUGCCCUGCGUAAAGAAUGUGGAGAGUAAACUUUCAAACAAUAGCCUAGCCAGCGGGUGGGUUUUAGCCCUCCUGUGAAGGGCUAUGCCAGCUUCUUCUCCCUGGACCCAAAUAUAAUCUCAUCAACAAAGGUCCUGGUUGACAAGAUUUUCUUUAGCCCACACGCCUCUGGUCACUUCUGUCAGCUGUGGUGGUGCCUCCAGUGGCCUCCCUGAUACCUUUUUGUGUUUCUCUCCUCUUCAGGUAAGGUCCAUGGCUCCCUGGCUCGUGCUGGCAAAGUGAGAGGCCAGACCCCAAAGGUAAGUUCUGUUUUUGUUUUCUGCUGUGUGGAGGACUCGGAGCCGCAAAGCCCCAUCAGCAUAAGAGUGCCUGGACUGCAGUCCAGGCAGAAAUCCAUGAAGUAUAGUUUACCCCGGCAUGCUCUUGAGCUGGCAGCUGCUGAAUUUGGCCCAGUCCAUAACUUAAGUGCCCAAAUGUCUUCAGGCAGGAUUGGGCUGGGUGGAGAGCUGUCAACUGCCCGGCUUUCAGGGUGUGGUUCUGGGAGUUACGUAUCAGGGGCUAGACUUUGCAUAGUGGAAAUUGAGGCUACAGGGCAGGGUGAAUGGCGGUGGGCUGAAUUCCUUGCUGAAAUUCAGGUGGAUCUUUUACUGAUGCCUGUUCGGUUUUGUUCUCCCAGGUUGCUAAGCAAGAGAAGAAGAAGAAGAAGACUGGCCGUGCCAAGAGGCGCAUGCAAUACAACCGCCGCUUUGUCAACAUUGUGCCAGGCUUUGGCAAGAAGAAGGGCCCCAAUGCCAACUCCUAAGCAGCACCCAGUUACCUAAUAAAUCUGAUCUUAGCUUGGACCUGGUGUUGGUG